GUUUCUCUUCCCGCGGAACUAAAGGGAGGAAUCCGGGAUGGCAUAUGUUGCUCGGAGUGAGGCUCAACUGUGCUCCGAGCAGUUCGGCUCCGGGACGGCCCGGGGCUGCCGCGCCGCCGCCGACGGGACCCUGCAGUGGGAGGCCUGGGGGCGGCGCUGGUGGGGGUUCUCCGGGGCCUUCACAGCGAAACCCGGAGGACGAGAUGGGGGCGAAAGGGUGGCUCCCGGGACGGCCGUCCCACCUCUUUCCCGGCUCCUGGCUGUCUUCCUGCCUCAGGGCUUCCCCGAUAGCGUCAGCCCGGACUAUCUGCCCUACCAGCUGUGGGAUUCCGUGCAGGCCUUUGCUUCCAGCCUCUCGGGUUCCCUGGCCACCCACGCAGUCUUGCUGGGCAUAGGGGUAGGGGACGCAAAAGCCUCAGUUUCAGCUGCCACGGCCACCUGGCUCGUGAAAGAUUCAACUGGCAUGCUGGGCCGCAUCAUCUUUGCCUGGUGGAUGGGGAGCAAAAUGGACUGUAAUGCCAAGCAGUGGAGGCUUUUUGCCGACAUCCUCAAUGAUGUAGCCAUGUUCCUCGAGAUUAUGGCUCCCAUAUUCCCCAUCUGUUUCACCAUGACCAUCUGCAUCAGCAACCUGGCCAAGUGCAUUGUGGGCGUGGCUGGUGGGGCCACUCGGGCAGCACUGACCAUGCAUCAGGCCCGGAGAAACAACAUGGCCGACGUGUCAGCCAAGGACGGCAGCCAGGAGACGCUGGUAAGCCUGGCAGGGCUCCUGGUCAGCCUCUUGAUGCUUCCCCUGGUGUCAGAUUGCCCUAGCUUAAGCCUUGGCUGCUUCUUCUUCCUCACUGCCCUCCACAUCUAUGCCAACUACCGGGCAGUCCGGGCCCUUGUCAUAGAGACCUUGAACGAAGGCCGGCUCUGGCUGGUCCUGAAGCACUUCCUUCAGCGGGGAGAGGUACUUGGCCCCGCUUCAGCCAAUCAGAUGGAGCCGCUGUGGACAGGUUUCUGGCCAUCUCUGUCUCUAUCCCUGGGGGUCCCCCUACACCGUGUGACUUCCAGUGUCUUUGAGCUGCAAAAGCUGGUUGAGGGGCACCAAGAACCCUACCUCCUUCGCUGGGACCAGUCACAAAACCAGGUACAGGUUGUCCUGAGCCAGAUGGCAGGCCCUGAGACCAUUCUAAGGGCUGCCACUCACGGACUGGUGCUUGGAGCCCUGCAGGGAGAUGGACCCCUCCCAGGAGAGCUGGAGGGACUGAGGAACCGAGUACGGGCUGGUCCUGAGAAAGAGAGCUGCGUCAUCGUCAGGGAGACCCACCGAGUGUUGGACAAGCUAUUUCCAAAGUUCUUGAAAGGACUGCAGGAUGCGGGCUGGAGGACUGAGAAUCACCAGCUUGAGGUGGAUGAGUGGAGGGCCACAUGGCUCCUGUGUCCAGAAAAGAAGCUCUUGUGAACA